AUGAACCUCGCGAUUUGCGACGAUGUACCAUUCCAUCUCAAAUGGGCAUCUUACUAUCUCACGGGUUUUGCCCAAGGCACAGGGCUUAUUUUCUUGACCAUGGUUAAUGAAGCUUGUUCUGCGGAUUCCUUAGAGAGGAAAUUCAUCCUUGGGACGACGAACUCUGUUGCGCAUGCGUUUAAUGCUUGGAUUCCUCUGAUCACGUAUGAUACGAGGGAUGCGCCCAGGUUUCUGGUGGGGAACUCAGUGACUGUUGGGUUGAUUGUUUGUGCGGCUUUGACUUUGAGUUUGGCUGUUUUCCUUCAGCGGCGUGAUGCGUGAGUUAAGCUAUUUUAUUCUUUCUAGAGGAAUAUACUAAUCAUACGACAGUGCCAAGUUUCACGAAAAGAAGCAAAAUGCGCAAGAGGGUCUAGUUGUAGCUACAGCUGAGGAACAUAUCAAGAGCUAG